AUGUCAAACCGAGUUUUCAUGAAAAAGGGGUUGCUGACUCUAAUGGGCACCCACCUUGUGAAAUUUCUACCCAAGCAAAAACAACAAAAAUCUCUCUGUGUAUCCAUUUCCAUUCGAUCAAAAACCACAUCUAUCCAAUAUGUAGAAUCACGAUAUAGAGACCCUACUUUUGAAAAAUUCAUGGAAAAGUAUAAGAAUCUUCUCAAAGUCAUUGCCAUUCAAGACCUUAUCCUUGCUAACCCCAAAAACCAAUCUAUCUCUGUUGAUUUCCUCUCCAAUCUCUCCCAGAAGCUCCACCUCAACCGCGGCGCCACUGCCUUCCUACGCAAGUUUCCUCAUAUCUUUCACAUUUACUAUGAACCUUCCAAGUUGCAGCCAUUUUGCAGGUUAACUGAUGCUGCUCUUGAUGUCUCGCGCCUCGAAGCUGAGGCUAUUAAUGCUUCUUUGCCUCUUGUUGUUGAAAGACUUGUCAGGAUAUUGUCCAUGUCUGCUUCCAAAACUGUUCCUCUUAGAGCUAUUUUCAAGGUUUGGAGGGAGCUUGGUCUUCCUGAUGAUUUUGAGGACUCGGUUAUAGCUGGGAAUCCUAGUGUUUUUCAGCUUUCUGAUGCAGAUGAACUAAAUACUCAUUUGUUGAAGCUGGUUGGUGAUGUUCCCAGCAAUGGUUUUAGAGCUUCUGUUGAGGAUUGGAGGGUUGUUGAGUGUUGUAAAGAGGAGUGCAAUGUUAAUAGCAUGGAAAUGCAGUAUAGUUUCAAACAUGCGUAUCCUCCAGGGAUGAGGCUGAGCAAGAACUUCAGAGCCAAAGUGAAGGAAUGGCAGAGCUUGCCUUAUUUGGGGCCUUAUGAGAUGGUUAGUGAGAAGAAGAAGACGUCAAAGGCUGGAAUGAUGGCCAUGGAGAAACGAGCUGUGUCCAUUGUUCACGAGUUUCUGAGUUUGACAGUAGAGAAGAUGGUAGAAGUUGAGAAGAUAAGCCAAUUUAGAAAAUGGUUUGGCAUUGAUUUAAAUAUAAGGGAUCUGUUCUUGGAUCACCCGGGAAUCUUCUAUUUGUCAACUAAGGGUAAAAGGCACACUGUUUUCCUGAGGGAAGCUUAUGAACGAGGGUGUUUGAGACAGCCAAAUCCUGUUUAUGAUGCAAGGAGAAAGCUACUUGAUCUUGUAGCUUUAGAACGUCGGGGUUUACCUGCUGUUAAUUCCAAGUUGCAGGACAGAAGCAGUGGCAACGAGGUUGAACAAGGGGAUAAUAUGCAAGGCCGUGAUAUUUUAUCAUCUUUUGACUAG